AUAGGUGCCCAUAUAGAAACGAAGUUAUAAAAUUUGAGGUGCAUUAACAUUUCAAUGGUUUUUUUAUUGGUAAAGAAAAUAUCAACCUUUCUGCUUACGUUGAGUGUUUGUCUACGCGCAUGCGCAUCAAAACGUGUUUUUUUUUUUCUUUCAUCCUCAUCUGAAUUUGGGUUUGGCAUUGUUGAUUUAAGAUUAUCUGAUGUUUAGCUCCGAUAAGCAGCAGCACAACAUCACAAAUAUCGCCAACAAUAAAAAUUCACAAAUGGAUACAACUGCAGAAAACAACAACGAACAUUUUAACGCAAAACAUUGAGUGAGAACUGAAAAUGCUUUAAUUUUUCGAUUUUCCAUAAUCAUUCAACAGGAAGUUAAGCCACCAGCUCUAUUGCCUUAAAACCCAAAACCUUGUAAUCUUUGUAAACCAAAACACGCAACAACAAACCUAGAACCUGAAAACAUGUUUCCCCGCCUACCCGGUCAGCAGGACGAUGACAUUUUUGCGGGUGCCACCACAACGGUGCGUUCGGCAUUCCCCAACUCCCGCCUAGACUCGCUCAACAAUCACCAAUAUCAAACGCAUGAUCAAGCACCGCUACCACCUCAUCACCAGCAUCACCACCAGUCACAUAAUUAUGGCUCUGCCUCAGCGCCCCUCUCGCCGGCAUCAGUGCCAGCGUUAGGCGUAACCCCACAGCCCGGAACCUUCAGCCACGGAGGCAAUCAAUUGUUGUCACCCUAUGAUCCGGCGAUAGCAACUGAUUUUAUGGCCACAGCAGCAACGACGCUCCAUGAUGCAGCCGAUGCAGCCUUAGAUGCCAUGGCCACUGCCAGCAGCAGCAGUUCAAGUCUACUACCUGCCAACGAGGACGAUGACUGGUGGUCGAAUGCCAUCGAGGAGGAUACCUUCGAUUCGCCGCUGGCCUUCGAUGCCAGCGAGAAUGGCCUGUGGAAUGGACGCUUCGUGCCGCCACCUCCGCGGCCGCCCUUUCUCGAUGAGAGUGUGGCCGCCGAUGGUCUGACAACCUGUGAUCUAUGCACAUGGGCAUGGCAGCGUAAUGCCUAUUCAUUGGAUGGAUCGAUAGUCAAGGCUUCCUUGAUAUUCAUUAUCCAGACAAGUUUGCUCCUUUGA